AUGAACCAGCACGCAGAGAGCUUCGACGAAGAAGUCAAGCCAAGAGUCCCCCCCGACGCCGACUCCAUCGCUUGGAACGACCUCUUCCUCAGGGACGAGAUUCGCCGAGCCAUCAAGGAAAUCAAGUUUGAACGACCGAGCCAGGUGCAGAUGGAGGCCAUUCCCUUCGCCCUACAAGGCUGCGACCUGCUCUGCCAGUCCAAGUCUGGAACCGGCAAGACCAUGGUCUUCGUCCUCACCAUCCUCAACUCCCUGGUCGUCGACAAGGAGACCGGAAUGUACGUGACCGGACAAGCGGUCAUCGUGGUGAAUACUCGGGAGCUGGCGCACCAGAUCAACAAGGAGUUCCUCAAGCUGGGCAAGUACUUUCGGCAGCCGGCCCUGCGAGUCGGCUGCUACUUCGGCGGGAUUUCGGUUAUGGACAACUGCGAAGAGCUGGCAACGCUUCCACCUGUCCCCACAUCGUGA